CCACUGUUGGUCCUCCCACGCCGACGACGACGACGCCAUCGGUGGCGAGGUGGAGAUGCUGCGGGCAGUGAAGUACCUGCUGGGUUCCCCUGGCGCCAACGGCUUCGGCUCCAGGUCCACCGCCGAGGACGUCACCGCGGCCUGCCCCGACCUCGGCUGCAUCACCGCCAUCAUCACAGGCGCGACGUCCGGGAUCGGUGCCGAGACAGCGCGGGUGCUGGCGAAGCGCGGAGCGCGGGUGGUGAUCCCGGCGCGGAACGUCAAGGCCGCGGAGGACAUGCGCGCCCGCAUCUGCGGCGAAUGCCCCGCCGCCGACGUCCUCGUGCUGCCGCUCGACCUCAGCUCGCUCGCCUCCGUCCGCGCCUUCGCCGACCGCUUCCUCGCCCUCGGCCUCCCACUCCACCUCCUCAUCAACAAUGCCGGCAAGUUCUCGCACGGCCAGCUCGCUCUGUCGGAGGACGGCGUCGAGAUGACGUUCGCCACCAACUACCUAGGCCAUUUCCUGCUGACCAAGCUUCUCCUGGGGAGGAUGGCGGAGACGGCGGCGGCGACCGGCGUGCAGGGCCGCAUCGUGAACGUGUCGUCCAGCGUGCACAGCUGGUUCGCCGGCGACUGGGCGGAGUACCUCGACCUCGUCACCCGCCGCAAGAUAGCCUACGACGCGACGCAGGCGUACGCGGUGUCCAAGCUCGCCAACGUGCUGCACACCAAGGAGCUCGCCAUGCGCCUCAAGGAGAUGGGCGCGAACGUGACGGUGAACUGCGUGCACCCGGGCAUCGUCAGGACGCGGCUCAACCGUGACCGCGACGGCCUCGCCACUGAUCUGGUGUUCUUGCUGCUGUCCAAGCUGCUGAAAACCAUCCCUCAGGCUGCGGCGACCACGUGCUACGUCGCGGCCCACCCGAGGCUGGCCGGCGUGUCCGGCCGCUACUUCGCCGACUGCAACGAGACGCCGCCGUCGCCGGCCGCCGCCAACCGCCACGAGGCCGAGCGGCUGUGGCAGAUCUCCGAGGCCAUGCUCUGCACGACCCAACAACAACACAGCAGCAAGGAUACCGCCACGAGCUGACUGCCUCGCGCCCGUAUUAUACCACCGUCUUUUCUCUACAUAUAUACAGCUUCAAGCAAAUGUCGUCACGUGCAAAUAUUAUAUGAGUACUCCAGUGUAUAAAUAUAUGGCAGUAGGAUAUUAUAGUACUGGCUAUUAUAGCAGUAGCAGCCAACUAGUGUGAUUUGUAUUUCAGAGUAGCAGAAGGAUAUAGUACAAUACACUGUAUAAUUUGUCCUGGGGUAGAGGAGUACGUACCUGCCAUUGCCAGUGAGAUUGGUAGUCGCUGAGAUUAUAUGCUCUCCUGUCGUAUGCGUCGAUGUGCCUCGGGUUUCCCUGCUCAUGGAGAAAAGCCCGUUUAGAGGCACAUCGAUGCAUACGAAGAGAGAGCAUGUAAUCUCAGGAGAAAAGCCGACGUGUCGAGACGCGACACGCACGCUUGGGGAGACAUGUACCAUCUCGUCGCGUGCAAGUACAAUGUGCAUGGUUGGAUUGGUGGUGGAGUUGUGCUGCUGCUGCAUGGGCGGAUGCAUCUAUGAAUUGUCUUGUUCGAUUGGAUCCAUCGAUCGAUCGAUCGGCUUGCUUCCCUGACCUGGGGCUUGUCAAAAGUUGUGAAAAGCUGUUGCGAUCCCCCAUCCAUGAUUGCGCCCGUGGCUGGCUGGCUGGCUGCUGAUGUGGAUGCUGCAGAAACCGAAGGCCUUUUUUUUUCUUUGCGACUUGGCAACGAGCCAACGAUUGUAUGUGUUUUUGGUUGCUCCUUGUCUUGGUGACCACUCGGAAAAAAUUUGAGUUUCCCUUUUCUGCUUGAGAAUCACAUGCCACCGCAUAUGGGAUAUGCCGUUCCCUAUGGGACAAGAACUAAGGUGCUGUGUUUCCAUCCAAUGUGGUACAGUGACAACAUCAAUGGUUAUCCUUUUUGCAGUGUAUUCAGAUUAGUGUGUGAUUUAAGAUGUCCUAGCUCUGGUCAGAGAGUGGCUUAAAACCUUUUUGUUGUUAUAAGUUGAAACCUAGGCCUACACCCACAAUGAAGUUCAGUCUUAAAGGGCAAGGAAAGUUGACCAGAAGGACUGGGAGGGCAUGCAUAUUCUAGGUGCAAUUUAAUGUGAGCUUUUCUCUCUCAAAGAACAAAGAUGGUCAGCUUCUCUUUUUAGGCGAUAAUGAAAACACAUGAGAGUAUUUACUUA